GGAAACUUCCAGACCAGGCACCCGUGUUCUUGAGGAGGAUGUUUUCAUCAUGUGACACUUGCUGCUUUCCUGAUGAUCAAGAAACCUCACUAUCUGACCCCCAGAAACCCAGCAAUUCAGACCCAGGAGUCCAGGCCCCCAACUGGAAGGACCCCCGAUUGCAUCACCUGCUCAGGCUGACCUGGCCACCGUGGAAUUCCAGAGUCUGCCAAGUGGGUCAAAUAUCACGGGUCAGGCGUCGGGAAGGUGAUUGGGCGGGUCUGUCUGGGUAUAAAUUCUAGAGCGUCUGCAUCCAUCCCAAGAGAUUUGGGUUUCUCGUCAGCUGUGAAUCCACGUGCAAGAGGACCUAGGCAUUUCUGCUACCAGAGAAGCCAGCCGUGCAUCUGCUCUCCCAGACCCCCAGGCUCUGAAACAGAAUCUAGACCAUUCAGCUCUUCAAAGCCCAGACCCCAGACCUCACCUGAGAACGUGAACCACUGAUGGGCUGGAACGAGGCCAAGUUCGAGCACCUGGGACUGUGGGUCCCUGUGCUGGCUGUCCUGCUGGGAGCCUGCCAGGCACAUCCCAUUCCUGACUCCAGCCCCCUCCUCCAAUUUGGGAGCCAAGUCCGCCAGCGACAUCUCUACACAGAUGACGCCCAGGAGACCGAGGCCCAUCUGGAGAUUAGAGCCGACGGCACAGUGGCGGGGGCGGCCCGCCAGAGCCCUGAAAGUCUCUUGGAGCUGAAAGCCCUGAAGCCAGGUGUUAUUCAAAUCUUGGGAAUUAAAACAUCCAGGUUCCUGUGCCAGGGGCCAGAUGGGAAGCUGUAUGGAUUGCUACACUUCGACCCCCAGGCCUGCAGCUUCAGGGAACUGCUUCUUGAAGAUGGAUACAACGUUUACGAGUCUGAGGCUCUCGGCCUCCCCCUCCGCCUGCCCCAGCACGGCUCCUCCAACCCAGACUUGGUCCCCCGGGGACCUGCGCGUUUCCUGCCGCUGCCAGGCCUGCCCCCGGCGCCCCCAGAGCCUCCAGGGAUCGUGGGCCCUGAGCCUCCUGACGUGGGCUCCUCAGACCCCCUGAACAUGGUGGGGCCCUCGCAUGGCCGAAGCCCCAGCUAUACUUCCUGAAGCUACAGGCUGAGUCUCCUCUUUAUUUAUUGCAUUAUUUAUCUUAUUUAUCUUUUUAUUUUUCUUACUUGAGAUAAUAAAGAG